AUGAGUCUUGAUUCGCACCAAAACAGACUCGAGUUCCUCCUGCGCCACGUCGAUGAUGAACCAGCAAUCUCCGACUACCGUUCCCUCGCAGAAGUCAUCCAAGGUAUUGCCCAGACAGCUGUGAACUUUGCUGUUAUCGGCCAAGUUGAUGGCGCCACCAAACUCUUGGAGACUCUUGUCAACAAAGCCAUUGACCCUUUCGACUAUUCCAAGACAUGCUACCCGUACUUGAAGCCAUGCAUGUACUUUGCUUGGGAAGCAAACUCGUCUUGGCCGUCAUGGAUCCCUCAAGAGGAGCGCACCGAGGAAAAGCUCCUCGAGAUGGAACAUGAAGGUCGCGAAAUUUGGCUCCAGAGGUUUAGUCAAGAAUGGGAGGUUACAGAGGAAACCGCCAGGAAAGCUCUCGACAUGGCCUAUAACGGCCUGACAACCGAACUUCCCGACUACAACGGUACUCUUGCAGGACAGGUCGCCGUAGUAGAGAAGAUGAGCCAAGAAGGGAUCUUCUCCUACUCUGCUAGUCCCAACGGCCCAAUGUCUAUCAGGUACUCAAAGAUAGCCAUGUGGUGGCGUCAGGGGAUAUUCCCAUAUCCUUACGUGCAACUCUAUCGCACGGCAGGAUUAAUGAUUGCACUCGACAUCUACGCUCGGCUGAACCAGGACACCGAGGCUCGAGAGGUGUUCGACAAGAUAUGUGGACGUAUCGAGGCCUACGAAAUGAUUGAACAACUGGCUUGUUCCCGGCCGGCGUGGAGUAAAUUCAUACUUACUCCUCAACAACCUAUGUUGGAAAUGCUCAACAUCCAUCCAGCCAAGGUUCGACCAGCUAUUUCUCGCGCCGUCCAAAUGGCCCAGAACCGCCUGGAGACAGGGCCGAGACGUCGAUAUUUGAAGCAGAGUAUAGGAGACCUGGUUCACACGAUUAGCAAGAACACCUUCGAAAACUGCCCUUACGAAGCUCUGGAUAUUUACCGUCCAUCGGACGAGCUUCGAUUAAGGCCCGGCAGCACUGAUGGCCUUCUUGGGCAGGGAUGCUCUUCUGCUGAUAUCGCCGCAUUGGAGAAACGACUCGAGAUAUCUCUCCCUGGAGAGUAUAAAGAAUUCCUCACCGUGACAAACGGGCUUGAGGCGAUUUGGAACGGCCAGAAUGCCCUUCACUAUCUGGCAAAGGCUGAAGACGUCUGUUGGCAGGACCUGGACUUUCUGGAAGGGAAUGAGAUUCCUCUACUACGUGAUGACGAACCACAAUCUCACGCUGGUAACAUGUUAUCUUGGCCCACCCCAGAAAGCUUACGGUGCAUAUGUCUCUCGGGCCACCUCGAUCAACACGAAGCAACAGCCCAUCUAUUUCUUAUUGGUCCAGAUAUUGUUCAACCAGCCAAGGAUUACUUCUUUUCCGCUUACCAAGAGCGAAAUGAGUCCCAGCGCAGUGAACUUGAUAAUCUUGUUCAAGAGACGUAUGGCAGCAUGGACGUCUUUCGGGAGUUGGAGUACGUGCUAAUGUGUUGGACGCCAUGGGACCUCAGAUACUCCCCAUUCAAAGGGAUUCGAGACUUUUUGGAACAAAUGGCAGAGGCCUCUUUGCAGAAAAACCAAGAUUGGUUAUAUGUGUUUGAGCCCAGAUUUAGACGCCUGGCCAAGAAUGAUGAAUGA